AUGGAGGUAAUUGACAUUGAAGGUACUGCUCAAGCCGUUAACUCUUGCAGCCUGGAAGUCUCUGGCAACUCGAACGUGGUUAAAAUACAGCGUCAUUCGGGUCACAUCGUCUUCAAUGGGAACAACGCGUGCAUCUACCUGGGCAGCGAGCCCGAGCAGCCAACGGUAAAACACGUGAAAGCCCACGAUUUGCUGUUCGAGGCCAUAGAAGUUAUGGCCAUGCGUCUAUCGAAGAGCACCGAUAAGUAUGAUUUAUCGAUAACUCAUGCAUGCAUCACUUCAAGCUCGCCGCUGAACGACAAACGUUUCUUCCUGCCUACAAUGCUCGAGCUACUCAGUUUUCGGAUCCUAAGCAUUUUGAGUCACUUGACUAGAGACUCCAUAGUUAAACUGAUUCUCAGCUUCGAGUACAGUUUGUACAAGCUCUGGCUGCUGGUGUACGGUGAGCCCGAUCAUACGGAUGUGAUUAUCUUCAAUGAGCUGCCUAAAAAAUGCCGUUAUCGCCAUGUUAUACCGGACUGCCCCAAGAAGUACUGCGAAACGUGCCGUGUGGAGCGAGUCAUCAUGUAUAUCAACCAGGCCCAGGUGUCCAUUGACAUAGCACACCUGACGUUCUCGCACAGCGCGUUCUACAGCGCCAUUGCUGCCGCCUGGCUGAGAGGCGUUAACAUACGUCUGGUCACCGACUCGCAGAUGAUCUAUGCUCGGGGCUCGGUGGUGCAACACCUGGUGGCAGCCGACAUGCCAGCGCGCUGCUCGCCGCUUCAAGUGAUGAUGCAUCACAAGUUCUGCAUUAUCGAUGGGGAGCAGCGCAUAGUCGAACUGGAUAAGCAGCAGCAGCGCUGGCACAGUCGCCUCUGGUGUCGCAGGGGCUACCUGAUGACAGGCUCGCUUAAUUGGACCAAGCUGGGCACCGGCAGCAACUAUGAGAACGUUGUCGUCACCUCCAAUCGCGUGAUCAAUGCGCUCUACCAGAACCUCUACGACGAUAUGUGGCAACAUUUUCCCGUUCUCAACAUGACAAGCUUCACAGCGAAAUCGAAACCUGUCGAAGAUGGCAUCCCUUGGCACCUCUGGCAUUAA